AUGGCUGCAACAGCCUCGUAUGCCUUAUAUAUUUUAGACGAAGAGAAUAGUAGUUUAACCAAGUUGCUAACAUCGUUGGACGACGAAAGUGAAUCACAACUACGCCAAUAUGUAGAAAGACAACUUAAAAGACUCCUUUCUCAAAGUGGAUUUGUUAUUACUACGCAAUUAAGGGAAUCAUCACCUACUUCCAUGUGCUACUUGUCUCUACUCGAUAGCAAAGAAAUAGCUUGCAAAACUGAGUUGGACGCUUACGUUAAGACUCUAACGGCUAGUCUGGCCAAUUUCGAUGCUGACAGUAAGAUAUUAUCCGAAGAUACUGUGAAUAUAUUAGAGUUAUGGUAUACGGAGUGUAUACAUUACAUUAAUCGCUGCACGAAAGUAUUUGGUAAAGAUUUAGCUCUUUUAAUUCAUGCAACUGAUUAUCUAGCAGUAGUUCUGAAGCCAACAAUUUUAAGACGUAAGACAAAAAAUUUAGCCUUACUUUUAACCCAUAGGUUCUUAAUGGCUGGCAGUCUCACCAGAUUAAUUUCUAAUGAUAAUGUACAAGAAAAUUUAACUAAAAGUAGUGACACUAAGGAACUAUUUAAUAGUAAAGUCUUAGAUCUGAACAUUGAUGAAUCUGGUUAUGAAUUUAGCUCCAAGGAUGUUAAUGCCUCAUGUACAAAAUGGACAGAAAUCAUGCUGAAAGACGAAUCCAGUUCUUCAUUUGCUUUAAGGCAAAUUUUAGAAGAUAUGAAGCUUAAGACUGUACAAGAAAUGAACCUUUUAAAACGCAUAGUUACACAAGCGCAACGCAGUUAUUAUGAUUUAUUCAGGGCUUACAAAUUUUUAAUCAAAUGUGGUAAUGCCGAUGUUAUCAUGAAACAUUUAUAUAAUGGUUUAGCAAAUGAUAGUGAUGAAAAUAUUGAAGAUAUCAUUACUCUACUCCAUGAAGCAUACAUAAAUAGGGAACCUUGUGAAUUGUAA